AUGCCUGAGGGGGGUCGUGCCGCAGGCCCUGGGGGAAAGGGGCGGCAGAAGGCAAAAGCGGCCCGGGCCCAUGGCUACGAUGCGCGGAACUACCACCUCAACGCGCACAGCCGCACGAUUCAGUCCCUCGUCCGGUUUGACUGCCCGGUCUGCGCGACGAGGAAUACGGUGGGGGUCGAACUCGACGCGCGGCGGCGGGAGGCGGUGGUGCGAUGCGGCCACUGCAUGGCCCUUCGGCCGCGGCCGGCGGAGCUGCCCUUUCCCUUUGUGACCACUUUCGUACCCAAUUUGGAGAACAAGGCGGAUGCCUUCUUCCGCUUUAGCGAGGCCUACCAUAAGCUGCUUCAGGAGGGGUUGACGGCGGAUACUACUGGCGUACGCUCUUCGAAUACCACUACUAAUAAGGUGGUUUUAGCUGAUACGAGCGUUAAGAAAGACAGCAUCAAUGGUGGAAAUGUUGGAGGGAGCGAUGGUAGUCUUGGUGGACUUUUCGACGGCCUUGAGGGAAUUUUAGCAGGAAAUCCUUCUCAAAGUAGUGUAAUCACGCAAAACGCGGAAUUGACGAGCACGAACAAACACUAUGAAGUAAGUGACAAGGAGGAGGAUUUUUCGAAUAAUUUGGCUGUCAAUAAUAGUGAGGAGGAGGAAGAGGAGCUUGUAGGCGAUGUGGAUGCAUUCUUUGAUGAUUAA